AGAACAUCACAUACCAAUCAUUGGCGAGGGAGGUGCAACGGCACUUAAAAAGAGGGUUUGUUUGACAAAUAUUCCACAUUUCCACGGGCUCCAGAUCACUGAACACAGAGGGACUCAACAACAGUUACGUGUGACUAAGAUGAAGAACUCAAUUCAGUCCGUCCUCAUUCUCAUCGCUGUGCUCAUGUCAACAACAGGGGCGGAUGAGGUGGUAUAUGUUCAGGUGGGAAAGACUGUUACCCUUAAGGCUCCAGCAGGGAAUAAUGUACAAAAGUUUUAUUUGUACUGGUACUUUGGGGAUGACUUUCAGCUUGCCUGGCGCAAUAACAAAGGCGGAAAGGGGUUCACAGGUGAUGAUAAAUGGAAAAACAACUUGUCCUGGUCAGGCGACUCACUGGUCAUCGAAAACAUCCAGCAAGUACACUUAGGGUCUUUUGUCUGUAAAGUGAUAGAUAAAAUUGCGAAUCGCAACAUUGAGACCAUCAGAUAUAAACUACUCAAACUCAACGUUUCUAUGAACCCACCCUCUCCUCUGCUGCCUGGGGAAUCUAUGUCUCUGUUCUGCGACGCAGAGUCUCCUCAGAGUCACAAAAAGCCAGGGAUUGCAUGGCUGAAUCCUCAGGAAGUGAAAAUGAAUAGUCACCAAGGACUAUUUAAAGGGAAAGCCACAGGCCAAUACAAUGGCCAGUGGACCUGUGUUGUGACAAACGAAGGAAAAGAACACAGGGUCACAGUGUCUGUUACAGUUGUGGACCUCUCCCCAGCUCCUCUACAUCCUCAGUAUACGUCAACAUCCACACCUCUCACUGUCCCCUGUUCCAUUCCCAAACACAUCUCCUGGGAUCAAAUCAAAGCCAAGGGCAUCCAGGGAGUUCACUGGGACUUCAUCCCUAAAUAUGGCUCGAGUCUCUUUUCUGGUGGUCCACAGAGGCUCUUCUCACUCUCUCUGGAUAAUCAACUGACCUGGAAGAAAGACCAAGACCGUGAACUGACUCCUGUACCAGACGUUAAAAAUGGAAAUCUGUCUUUGACCAGAAAUCGAGGGAAAGAAGAAGAUGCAGGAGACUACGUGUGCACCCUGAAUUUCACAAAUGGUGUAACUCUGAAAAGAACUGUACAUGUAAAUGUUUUGCAAAUCAUCUCCUCUCCAGGAACAGACCUAAUUUCUGGCCAGCAGGUCAACCUGACUUGCAGCCUUAGCUAUCCUGUGCCCUCUGAUCUACAAGUGAAAUGGCUUCCACCUGAACAAUCGCAAAUGUUUCCUCUGAGAUCUGACCAUUACCCCGCCAAUCUCAGUUGGGAAGUGGGGACAGGAGAUGGCGGAAAAUGGAGGUGUGAGCUUCAGCAGAACGGCACAUGGCUGACGUCAGCUGUGAUAAUGCUAAAGAUCGAGCCCAAGCUGAGUGUGUGGAUGAAGUUGACCAUAUGCAGUGCCACAGUCAUCAUAAUCCUCCUCACCAUCUUCGUUUUCAUCUUCUACCGACGCAGACAACGGAAGAUGAGACAUCACAGGCAUAGACUCUGCCAAUGCAAAAACCCAAAGCCCAAAGGAUUCUACAGGACAUAAUAUCUCCCACAAAGACAUUUUUCAUGAGGACAUCACAACCAAUUGAAUUUCUGUCCAGAUAAGAUGGAUUUUUCUGUCAUAUCAACUAAAUUGACCUCUGUUUGGUGUGUGAUGCGGAUCUGAAAAUCCAGCCAUUGUUGAAAUGUCAGAUAAGACUUUAUUAUCACAAAAAUGUUGUUGUACAUAUCAUCCAGUUUGGAUUGUUUAAUUUGAUUUAAAUUUUAAACAUGUAAUAAAUUUUCUCAGAGACCUUUCUAUUUCACAGAUUUGCUCUAUGAAACAAUCCUUGCUAAACUCUAUGUUCCACUUAAUUAUCAUUUUAACAUUAUUGCUUGUGA